AGUGCUAUUUGUGACAAGCCUAGGAAGCUUCUGCCGACGAGCACGGCGUUUCCGAUUCCUUUUCCAAUUUGCUCUUCGCCAAGGAAGGAGGCAGCAUUUGUGUCUCUCAAGAUGUCUCAUCGUAAGUUCUCUGCACCACGCCAUGGUUCCAUGGCGUUCUACCCGAAGAAGCGUGCCUCCCGUCAUCAGGGACGCGUGAAGGCUUUUCCGAAGGAUGAUGCCUCGAAACCGGUGCAUCUCACCGCGUACCUAGCCUACAAGGCUGGUAUGACGCACAUCGUUCGUGAAGCAGACCGACCGGGUUCAAAAAUUAACAAAAAGGAAGUCGUGGAAGCGGUUACGAUUCUUGAAACGCCUCCACUGGUCGUCGUUGGAGCAGUUGGUUACAUCGAAACUCCUUUCGGACCACGUGCCCUAUGCAAUGUAUGGGCACAGCAUUUGUCGGAGGAGUGUCGUCGUCGAUUCUACAAGAAUUGGCACGCGAGCAAGAAGAAGGCCUUCACCAAGGCUUCCAAGAAGUGGACCGACGAUCUGGGUAAGAAGUCGAUUGAGGAUACCUUCAAGAAGAUGGUGCGCUACUGCAAGUUCAUCCGUGUCAUCGCUCACUCGCAGAUUCGUCUGAUCAAGCAAGGUCAGAAGAAGGCCCAUAUUAUCGAGAUCCAGCUGAACGGUGGAUCAAUUGAGGAUAAGGUUAACUGGGUGAAGGAGCACCUGGAGAAGCCAAUCCCGGUGUCGCAGGUGUUCUCGCAGGACGAGAUGAUCGACUGCGUGGCCGUUACCAAGGGUAAGGGCUUCAAGGGUGUGACCAGCCGUUGGCACACCAAGAAGCUGCCGCGCAAGACGCACAAGGGUCUGCGUAAGGUGGCUUGUAUCGGUGCGUGGCAUCCGUCCCGUGUCGCCUUCACCGUGGCCCGUGCCGGUCAGAAGGGUUACCAUCAUCGUACGGAGCUGAACAAGAAGAUCUACCGCCUCGGCGCCGGUAUUCACACCAAGGAUGGCAAGGUUAUCAAGAACAGCGCUGCUACCGAGUACGAUCUGACCGACAAGUCGAUUACACCGAUGGGUGGUUUCCCGUUCUAUGGAGAGAUCAACCAGGACUUCAUCAUGAUCAAGGGUUGCUGUAUCGGUGCCAAGCGUCGUGUCAUCACGCUCCGCAAAUCGCUGUUGGUGCACACCAAGCGUUCCGCGCUCGAGCAGAUCAAGCUUAAGUUCAUCGAUACUUCGUCGAAGAUGGGUCAUGGUCGCUUCCAGACACCGGCCGACAAGCGCGCUUACUACGGUGUGCUCAAGAAGGAUCGUAUUCGCGAGGAGAAGGCUCAAGCUGCGGCCGCUGCUGCUGCAGCCGCAGCCAAACCCUCGGCUUAAUUUACGCCGUGGUCGCCUUCGUCAUCAUCAUCAUCUGUGGGAACGCGAAAAAAUAAACACGGGAAUACACACGCCGCUGAGUGUUCUAGGGCUCUCACAUAAGUCGCCUAGUGAUAAGUCCUGUCCUAAAAUCGUGUUUGCGAUCGCGCGUAUUUCUGUAGUUGGAAAUGGUUUUUUUUUCUUCGUGAACGCCACAAAUAUAAAAAGUGUGCUACCUGUUAGGUAGCAAGGAACAACUAAACUGUGA